UGAAGGUGAAGGCUAUUUCAAACCGGAAACAGCAUGUCAGAUAUGGACGAAAAUAUCAGCGAGGAAGAAAUGGGAGAAGAAGAAGAUUCUGGGUCGGAAAUGGAGGAGGAGGAUACUGAAACAGGUCCACCACAAGCAUAUCUUCCUGGACAACCACUUAAUGAGGACGAGGAACUUGUAUGUGACGAAUCAGCAUAUGUCAUGUACCACCAAGCUCAAACAGGUGCGCCAUGCUUGAGUUUUGAUGUGAUACAAGACCGUCUGGGAGAUAGCAGGGAGGAGUUCCCACUCACAUGUUAUAUUGUAGCUGGCACUCAAGCACAAAGAGGCAAAUCCAACCAUGUGAUAGUGAUGAAAAUGAGUGAAUUGAAACGCACAAACAAACCUAAAGAAGAUGAUGAAGAAGAUGACGAUGAUGAGAGUAGUGAAAGUGAUGAUGAGGACCAACCGGAACUUGAAACAGCUGUUAUAAACCAUCCAACCGGAUCUGUUAAUAGAAUUAGGGCUACGCAAUACAAUGGUAAAUCACUAGCAGCAACCUGGUCUGAUAAGGGAAAAGUUCAUAUCUGGGACCUGUCUCGACCAAUGCAGGCAGUAGAUGAUCCUCAAGUUAUGAGUGUUUACACAAGAAAUGAUGAAUCCCCAGAGGCUUUAUUUACAUUUACUCAUCAGACAGAAGGUUAUGCUAUGGACUGGGCACAAACCUCGCCAGGAAGACUUCUGACUGGUGAUUGUAAGAAAAAUAUACAUUUAUGGAACCCGCAGGAAGGAGGGACUUGGCAGGUUGACCAGAGACCAUUCAGUGCUCACACUUCCUCAGUAGAGGAUAUACAAUGGUCACCUAAUGAAAAUAAUGUAUUUGCCUCCUGUUCUGUUGACAAGAGUAUAAGGGUAUGGGAUUGCAGGGCAUCUCCCAGUAAAGCCUGUAUGUUGACAGUAGAAGAUGCUCAUGAUAGGGAUAUCAAUGUUAUACACUGGAAUAGAGGUGAACCGUUCAUACUGUCCGGUGGAGACGAUGGAAUACUGAAAAUCUGGGACUUGAGACAGUUUCAGCAUGGUAAACCAGCAGCUUUGUUCAAACAUCACACAGCUCCUAUCACCUCGGUAGAAUGGCAUCCGACAGAUAGUUCCGUAUUUGCUGCAGCCGGUUCAGACGAUCAGAUCUCACUUUGGGAUCUCGGUGUUGAAAAAGACUCUGACACAGCAGGUUCCUCUGAGACCGAACCGGAAGUCCCGGCUCAGUUAUUGUUUAUUCACCAAGGACAGACUGAUAUAAAGGAGCUACACUGGCAUAAACAAUUACCAGGAGUGAUUUUAAGUACAGCUCAUAGUGGCUUUAAUGUGUUUAGAACAAUAAGUGUAUAGAGAUGCGAGAAUAUUAAAAUAAUCUUUUUAAGAGGUACACAAGUCUGAAAUUGUUUCUGUUUCCUAAGGGAGCAGUAUUUUAGAGAAAAGCAUAAAAUGUAUUGUUCAUGGCAUAAUUCUGAUUCAUGGUUGUGGAGUUUUGUGAUACCCAGGCCUGCAGUUGAAAAAAAUUACACAGAUCAAUAUGUUUCCAAUGUUGUAUCGAAAAAUACAUUAUGCCUGGUAGACCAUAGUUAUUUUGGAAGACAUUGAAGAAUGAAUUACAUGUAAUUAGAUUAUAUGACAUUAACGUGUACGAGACUAGCUUCUAAAUGAAAUAUAUACAGCAGGAAAUUAAGUUUAUAUGGUUCCCGGAUGAAAUAUUUUGUCAAUCUUUGUUAAGAUUUUGUUUAAGAAUAAAGAAUAAGAUUAAAAAAUCUCCACUUAAAGUUUUGAACCUUGACAUUUUGAAUUCUAUCACAGAUCAACUUGAGAUAUAAAAUGCAAGAGUAUGAAAAGAUAAUGUAGAAAAAUUCAUUUGUGAGAUUCUUAGCCAGAUCAAGGUUAUAUGCAUUCAGAGGCUCUCUUUUUGGCAUGUUGCACAAUAAAAAAACGAUUAUUCUGGAAAAACUUAAUGAGCGAUUGAUCUGAAAUUUUACACAGAAGUUAUUUGAUCAGACAGAUCUAUGACCACUGCACACCCUAUCUUGUAUAAUGUAAACAAAAUUAUGUUAAAUGAUGAGAAAGUAACAGAUUUUAUCAGGCAAAACACUAAA